GGCUGCGGCUCAGGGGGCGGGCAGCGGGGCGGCUGCCGGACCGAGCCCCGCGCCAGCCCAGAAGGCCGCGGCGGGGACGGCCGCGCCAGCCAGCGGGAGAGCGAGCGAGCGAGCGAGGGAGCGGCCGAGGCAGCACCAGCAUGGGCGGCGGGGCCCGGUGGCUGCCGCUCCUGCUGCUGCCGCUGCUGCUGCUGCUGGUGCCGCGGGGCGAGGCGGAGCCGGCGCUGCGCGAGGCGGAGGAGGCCGAGGCCUGGCUGCGCUCCUACGGCUACCUGCCCGCCGCCCCCCGGCAGCCCUCCACCCUGCGCGCCGCGCGGAGCCUGGCGGCCGCCCUGGCCGAGAUGCAGGCCUUCUACGGCAUCCCGGUGACCGGCCUGCUGGACCAGGAGACGCGGGCGUGGAUGAAGCGUCCCCGGUGUGGCGUCCCUGACAGAAUUGGGGCUCAGGUCAAAGCUAACAUGCGGCGGAAGCGAUACGCACUGACCGGACGGAGGUGGACGCAGAUGCACCUGACCUUCAGCAUCCAGAACUAUACGGAGAAGCUGGGGCUCUUCCAGUCCUACGAGGCCAUUCGCCAGGCUAUCCGUGUCUGGGACCAAGUCACCCCGCUGGCCUUCCAGGAGAUCCCCUACAGUGACAUCAGACAGAAGGGGAGAGCGGAGGCCGACAUCAUGGUGCUCUUUGCCUCGGGGUUCCAUGGGGACAGUUCCCCCUUUGACGGCACGGGGGGCUUUCUGGCCCACGCCUACUUUCCCGGUCCUGGAAUGGGAGGAGAUGCUCAUUUUGACCUGGAUGAGCCCUGGACGCUGGACAAGAGGGACGUGUUGGGGAACAAUCUCUUCCUGGUGGCCAUCCACGAGCUGGGCCAUUCACUGGGCCUGGAACACUCCAAUAACCCGACUGCCAUUAUGGCUCCCUUCUACCAGUGGAUGGACACGGACAACUUCCGGUUGCCGGACGAUGACCUUCGGGGCAUCCAGCAGCUGUAUGGGACGCCAGGACAGCAGCCCACCAAGUCCCUGCCGACUGUGGGACCCCGGAAGCCGGACCAGAGGCCCCCAGACAAGCCAAACCGCCCCCCUCAGCCCGGCCCCCCUGACCAGCUUGAGCCCAACAUCUGUGAUGGCGACUUUGACACGGUGACCGUUCUGCGUGGAGAGAUGUUUGUCUUCAAGGGCCGCUGGUUCUGGAGGGUUCGGCACAACCGGGUGCUGGACAACUACCCCAUGCCCAUCGGGUACUUUUGGAGGGGGCUUCCUGGGAACAUCGACGCCGCCUACGAGAGACAAGACGGACGGUUUGCCUUCUUCAAAGGCGGUCAGUACUGGCUCUUCCGAGAGGCAAACCUAGAGCCCGGCUACCCACAGCCCCUGAGUAGCUACGGACUGGGCCUUCCUCACGACCGAGUGGAUGCUGCAGUCUGGUGGGAGCCCACGGGGCACACGUUCUUCUUCCGAGGAGACAGGUACUGGCGCUUUGACGAGGAUGGGAGCUCCGUGGGCCAUGGCUACCCCAGGAAGGUCAGUGUCUGGGCAGGGGUCCCUGCUGGCCCCAGGGGUGCCUUCCUCAGCCCCGACGCCGCCUACACAUAUUUCUAUAAGGGCAGGUUGUACUGGAAGUUUGACAAUGAGCGGCUGAAAACGGAGCCCGGCUACCCCAAGUCCAUCCUGCGAGACUUCAUGGGCUGCCAGGAGGAAGUGGCUGUGGAGCCGGAGCCCGGCCAUCGCUGGCCCGACACGGGAAGGCCCCCCUUCCAGCCCCGGCAGGACAAGGAAACCGAGGAGGGCGCUGCAGCCCCGCACCCAGGCCUGGAGGAGGGGGAAGAGGAGGAGGCGGAGGAGGAAUCUGCCGUGGAGAAGGAGGGCGGGGGGGAGGGGGCCGGGGACGUGGACAUUGUGGUGCACAUCAACGAUUACCCGCUGACGGUGAGCAUCGUCAUGGCGGGGCUGCUGCUGCUGCUGCUGCUCUGCGUCCUGGGCCUGGCCUACGUCAUCGUGCAGCUGCAGCGGAAGGGCCGGCCCCACGCGCUGCUCUACUGCAAGCGGUCCCUGCAGGAGUGGGUCUGAGGCCGGGGAGCUGCUGUGGGGCAGGAGCGGGAAGAGGCCCCUCUCCUCCUGCACCCUCCCGGGAACACGGACGUCCGCCUGGGGGGGCCCAGACUCUGACCCGUGGCAGGGGAGGCUUAGGGGCCCACCUGUGGGGCUGCAGGCCGGGGCCGGGGCCGGGGCCUGGGCCUGGGCCGCUCUGGCUGGAGGGAUUGUCGGCCUGGUCAAGCGAGGAGAAGAGACGUGGCCGGCAAGGCGUAGCUUCCUCCUGAGUUGCUGUUGUAGAGGGAUCCUGUGGGUCUUGCCCCGAGACCCUCCAUCCAAGGGGAUGACCCAAGGGCAGCCGUCACUGUGUGGAUCUUCUUCUGCAUGUGUUCCGGAGGCGUGUUUGGAUCUGCCGGCUGGGCCUCGGAGGCAGGGAGGCCCCCUUGUGCCAUUUGCGGCAGCUGGUCUUGGCCAAGAGUGGGCAUCCUUAGUGGCCAGUGGGCCAGAGGCGCAGGAGGGACAUCCUGAAAACCUUGAUCUAUUUUUGUAAAUUCUUUUCUCCAGAGCCUCCCUGGUUACAAAGCUAAAGGUGGAGAAUUCUUUCUACUGUAAUCGUAUUUCUGUUCCUACUGAUAUUUACUUCUGCUUGAGGCCCCUGGAGACGCAGCUCAGGCCAAACAGAGGCUCCCACCAAGGUCUGGUUGGCUGACCAGGCAGCUCUAGGCCGCCCCUUCCAGCCUCCCCCAGUCGCUCCUUGACAUGCACGCAGGCCGGGCCCACUGCUGGCUUCUUAGGUCUGCCUGGAGCCCUUGGGAGGUGCUGGAUGUAGCUCUCCAUGAGGAGGGGGGUCUUUGGGUUACGGGGUGCUGAGA